AUGUCGAACCCGAUUCUGAUAUUUGCACCUGGCGCGUGGUAUCCGCCUACGGCUUUCGAUUCGAUCAUUGAUAAGCUGCCGGAGUACCGCUGCCGUACUAUUACAUUUCCCUCUAUCCAAUCGGCGACUGAGAUUUCAGACCUCCGGCCGGACAUUGACGCUGUUCGGUUUACAGUCGAUCAAGAGGCAGAAGAAGGUCACGACAUAGUUGUCAUAUUGCAUAGUUGGGCGGGUUUACCGGUUUCCAGUGCAUUGGGCGGACUGAGCAAAUCAGAGCGCCAGGCAAAAGGAUACAAGGGUGGCAUUGUGAAGCUAUUAUUUGUUGCGGCAUUUGUUCCUAUCCUCGGAGAAAGUCUCGUCGGUGCAUUUGGUGGAACACCUCCAUCCUGGUUUUCAAGGAAUGAACCCAACGGUACCGUGACUGCUACUGACCCGCAUGGGAUAUUCUUCCAUGAUGUACCCGACGGAGCAGAGUGGGCCAAAGCACUUGGGCCUCACGCAUGGGCAACAAAGAUUGCACCUGCUACUGGAAUCGCAUAUAUGACCAUUCCCUGUGUUUAUCUUGUUUGCAAGAACGAUCGCGCGAUUCCUUUCGCGAUUCAGCAGAUGAUGAUAAAUCGGGCGCGGGGUGGAGGAGCCCAAUUCGAAACUGAGAUAAUUGAAACUGGACAUACUCCCUGGCUGGUGGCACCAGAUCAGUUUGUGGCUUACAUCAAAAAACAUGCAAUGUGA